CCUGAUGGGGGAGCCAAGGCGACCCGCCGGGAGGCAGCGUCCACACAGAGGAGCCAGGCAUUUCUGGCCGCACGCAGACACCCUAGGCAGGGCCAGGACUCACUGCCUGGCAGUGGGGCGGCCAGGACCUAACUGGCCCAGAGAUUGGCGGCGGUGGUAAGGGUAGGUAGGGCCACUGCCCAUUUUAGCCAAGGGUCACAGUAUUUACAUCACAAUUGAGCCAGUUUAAAAAUGUCCAUCCCUCUCUCUCCCCACUACCCGUGGCAGUGUCCAGUCGGAGAAUGUUCUAGCGCUGGAAGCGGCAGCGGAUGAAGUCCUUGGGGUGGGGAAACGGAGCGGGCCAAGGGCGAUGGUGGAAUAGAGCUGCCUCUUGGAGGCAGCAUGAGCUGAGAGGGUGAUAGGAAGGAAGGAGGCGCUAGACAGCAUGGAGGACUUUCUGCUCUCCAAUGGGUACCAGCUGGGCAAGACCAUUGGGGAAGGGACCUACUCAAAAGUCAAAGAAGCAUUUUCCAAAAAACACCAAAGAAAAGUGGCAAUUAAAAUUAUAGACAAGAUGGGAGGGCCAGAAGAAUUUAUCCAGAGAUUCCUGCCUCGGGAACUUCAGAUUGUCCGUACCCUGGACCACAAAAACAUCAUCCGGGUAUAUGAGAUGCUGGAGUCUGCUGAUGGCAAAAUCUACCUGGUGAUGGAGCUGGCUGAAGGAGGGGAUGUCUUUGACUGUGUGCUGAAUGGGGGGGCACUGCCUGAGAGCCAGGCCAAAGCCCUCUUCCGUCAGAUGGUUGAGGCCAUUCGCUACUGCCAUGGCUGUGGUGUGGCCCAUCGGGACCUCAAGUGUGAGAAUGCCUUACUGCAGGGUUUCAACCUGAAGCUGACUGACUUUGGCUUUGCCAAGGUGCUGCCCAAGUCACGCCGGGAACUGAGCCAGACCUUCUGUGGCAGCACAGCCUAUGCUGCUCCUGAGGUGUUGCAGGGGAUUCCUCACGACAGUAAGAAGGGUGACGUCUGGAGCAUGGGCGUGGUCCUGUACGUCAUGCUCUGUGCCAGCCUACCUUUUGAUGAUGCAGACAUCCCCAAGAUGCUGUGGCAGCAGCAGAAAGGGGUGUCCUUCCCUACUCAUUUGGGCAUCUCGGCUGAAUGCCAGGACCUGCUCAAGCGGCUCCUAGAACCAGACAUGAUUCUUCGGCCUUCAAUUGAAGAAAUUAGUUGGCAUCCAUGGCUAGCAAACACUUGAUAAAAGCAAUGGCAAGACCUCCCCAAUAAAGCGGGGAGAAAGCAAACCCAAAAACCCGCUUCUAA